GGGCGACAAACAAAAAAAUUUUAUCAAACGACUGAGCAACAAGGGUGUGUGCUAACACAGCAAACGAGAAAAAAAUAAAAUUGAUUGAGAACGUCAUCUAUUAUUUUCAAGAACGUGUUAUAUAUAUAAAUAAUACAAACGCGUACAACAGGAGAAAGAAAAUUGAAAAGUGAAGUGGAAAUAGUUUUAGCAAAGAGCAAACAGCAUUUUAGGUUGAAAAAGACUGAGCAAGAUGGCCAAGGACUUCUACAAGAUUCUGGGCAUUGACAAGAAGGCCAACGACGAUGAAAUCAAGAAGGCGUAUCGCAAGCUGGCACUAAAAUACCAUCCGGACAAGAACAAGAGUCCACAGGCCGAGGAACGCUUCAAGGAGAUCGCCGAGGCGUACGAGGUGCUGUCGGACAAGAAGAAGCGCGACAUCUUUGACCAGUACGGCGAGGAGGGGCUGAAGGGUGGCAUGCCCGGACCAGAUGGCAAGAGCCAGCCCGACGGCGGGUUCCAGUAUCAGUUCCACGGAGAUCCACGUGCCACUUUCGCACAGUUCUUUGGCGCCGCGGAUCCCUUCGGCGCGUUCUUUGGUGGUGGCGACAACACGUUUGGUGGAAUCGGUGGCGUCCCUUGCAGCAAUACAAAUGAGGUCUUCCUGAACAUGGCCACCGAGGAUAUGUUCGGCGGCUUCAAUCCCAAUGCUGGAGCCUUCCGCUCCCAAUCAUUCAAUGCCCAGGCUCCAAGUCGGAAGCGCCAGCAGCAGCAGGAUCCGCCCAUCGAACAUGACCUGUAUGUGACUCUGGAGGAGGUCGACAGAGGCUGCACCAAGAAGAUGAAGAUCUCGCGCAUGUCCAUUACGCAGACGGGCAAUGCGCGCAAAGAGGAAAAGGUGCUGAGCAUCACCGUGAAGCCGGGCUGGAAGGCGGGCACAAAGAUCACCUUCCCCAAGGAGGGCGAUCAGGCGCCCAACAAAGUCCCUGCGGACAUCAUAUUCAUCAUACGCGACAAGCCGCACGGCCAGUUCAAGCGCGAGGGCAGCGAUCUGCGGUAUACCGCUCAGGUGAGCUUGAAGCAGGCCCUGUGCGGGGCAGCGGUGAGCGUUCCCACACUACAAGGUGACCGCAUCCCCGUGAACUCAGCCAACGAAAUCAUCAAGCCCACUACCACGCGACGUAUCAAUGGCCGCGGCCUGCCCUUCCCCAAGGAACCAUCGCGUCGCGGCGACCUGAUAGUGGCCUUUGACAUCAAGUUCCCGGACAAACUGCCGGCCAGCCUGACGAACCAGCUGGCGGAGAUGCUGCCAAAUUAGAUGGGUACCGGGGAGCUACCAAUUCGUUAUUAAUUUAGUUAAGGCCUUAAUUUAGUUUGUAUUACGUAAAUUUAAAACAAUUUUGUAAACCGCUCGCUUCAGCUCGAAACGCAUAGAGCUUGGCGGCGGUAGGAUUCGCCGAUUGGACAGUGUUCCAGGCAAACAGCUGUAGAUAAAUAUUUAUGUGUAGUAGAAACCAGAAAACAGAAACCAGAGAGUAGCAGGCGCUUAAUAUUCGCGAUAAGAUAAGCAAAAAUAAAUGCAGACACACGACGGUCUGAGUUGUGGGUGUUAGAACCCGUUUUGUGUCGGAGACUGAUCGAUUACGGACAUACUACACUAUAAUAGUGAACCAAUUCCACAUUUUCUUUGGUUAAAAUUUCUGGUAUUGAAAUCUCUUUGAUUGAAGGAAAGAUUUGUCACUAAAAGUAAGAAAAUAAUAAAUAUAUAUAGUGACAUCUAUAGCCCAUGCUCCGCA